AUGGCGUCGGGGCCGCGAAGGAUUCGAGGCACGUAUAGCAUGCUCAACGACGGGGGCCCUUUGAUUGCUUGCAUGCAGGCGUGGAACCCACGCACCGGUCGUCCCUUCUUGAAGAUAUCGGAGGGGUUCCUGCCUCACGUCUACCUCUUCUCAGUCGAUUCAUGCUGUCCUGACAAGCUGCUUCUCGGCCCCAUCACCAUUCACUCGCCGUUCGCCAUGUCAGACACUUCAGCAAGCGGCAUUUCCGCCCUCACUGGCACUUUCUUGGGCCUGAGCGUCGUUACAGUGGGCUUGCGCUUUUUUGCGCGGUAUAGAACAAAAAUGCCCGUCUUGGCCGACGAUUGGCUCAUGUUGGCCGCUCUUGCGACUUUCAUAGGAGCUUCAGCAUGCAUUUUCCUACUCCUACACAUCAAAGCUAUAGGGUACUCAUCCUUCGAAUUCACAAAGGCGCAAGUAAUUGCAAGAUAUGACAGGAUGGAAAAGCUGAACACGUCGCUGGUCUGCCUCACGACCGGCGUCUUCGCUGCCACCAAAGCCAGUGCUCUGUUCUUCUACAAGCGUAUCUUUGGCGUAUCUGGACCUGGCAAACGCCUGCGCAUCUUCAAAGGACUCGUCAACGCACUCAUCGUCAUCAUUGCCCUCUGGUUCCUCGCAUUUACUUUCUUGACCAUCUUCCAAUGCAAAGGCCACUUCGACGGGUUCUACGACCCCAAGAAAUAUGCCAAGUACUGCACCAUUACGUGGGACUUCCUUUUCGGCUUCUCCAUCUCAGAUGUCAUACUUGACAUCUUCGUUAUCGCUCUGCCUGUUCCCAACAUCCUGCAUCUCCACAUCUCCCUGGCGAAAAGGCUAUCGGUCUUGUCCGUUUUCAUGGUGGCCUGCGCGGGUCUCGGUGCUUCGAUAGCACGACUGGUCGUAUAUGCUCAAGUGUACACAAUGGGCGUUGAAGCCUAUGAUAACGGUGAUUCCGAGCGCGUUCUCACCAGAUAUCAAUUCUAUUACAUGCUGGAAUGCGGGUGCUCGAUCGUCGCCUUGAACAUGCCUUCGAUCUGGCCCCUGAUUAGCGGCGGCAAGGCGCUGGAUGCCGUCGUGAAGAUUGCUCGCAGUCUCACGUCGCUAACCUCGUCUCGUUCCGAUUCGCAUGCAAGCAACCAAGACCUUGCCAAUAGAGAAGGAUCGUAUGAUCCAGAGGCGACGAAAAUGAAGCGAGAACACGGCUUCGAGGAUUCGUACGGAAUCGAGGGUCUACCCGCGAUGAGUGAGCCAGGAGCACAGAAAAGCGAGAUUUUCGAUUAG